GGAAACAUGUCCAGACAGUUUAUUUGGUUAACUUGCUAAAAAACAAGUUAGAACAUCAAUAAACAAGCUGUUAGGACAUUAAGAAUUUUUACGAACUUGAGAAUUAGAACUUGCAAGAGAAAAAACUGAGAAGGAAGAAGAUAAGAGUUUUUCCUAACAUUUGAAAUUAGUUAUGGAAAACUACAGUAGUCAUGGUAAGACCAUAAAAAAUAAUUUGAUGUAUUAACAAAAACAGAUAACAGACUCAUAUUUAAAUAAUUGAACAGUAGUUUGACUAAAUCAUUUGUGUACACCUUUUUAAGGGGGGCUGUCUACAAUCCAGAUGCUCAGCUCCUGACCUUUAUGGCACUGUUGUAUUUUGAUUUCUUCCACAGGCAGCAAUUCUCUCAGUCAGGAAGGUCAGCACAGAACUCUGUUUGGAGGUUUUCCAGGCUUCAGGUCCUCAUGCACCCAUUGCCCUGCACUCAGAAAAAGAACUUGAGAAUGGGAAUAAGCAAUUGUGAAAGAGCUGAUUUGGCAGUUCUUGAUAAUGACAGGCACAGCACUGGGAUGUAGUUUGACAAGCAUGUCUUAAGUCAGGUGUGCUGGCUAAACUAGCCAGUUUUGCUGGUUUGUGUAAUUAACUACAAGAAAAACCUUCCUCUCAUUUAUUUUGGCUGAGGUAUUUUUAACCUGGAUGAUUCAUUAUGUGGCCCCAGAAACAGCUGCCCUAAUUCAGCUGAGAAGAUUAUACUGAAGUGAAGGCAGAGUUUUAGCAACCAUUGUCAAAAUAAGUGCUUACCGAAUUCUGGCUUUAAAGACAAGUGCAGUUUAAUGCAUUCAUAAAAAUGAGGCUAAGUCUUACCAUGCUAAGACCAUCCCUCAAACUUAAUAUUUGAUCAGGUUAAACUUGGCAUCAGCUGUGCAGCACAGAUGGUUCAUACUUCCGGAGGUGGAGCCGCUUUCUGAGGAGACUCCUAUUCCUCACAGUUGUUAAUGUUAUCCUCACAACACCUGCAUGGGUUUGUGUUAAUUGAGUAUCUCUUUAAGAAAUGCCAAAAUGAUCCAACUGGCCAUGGGGAAUGCAAUGUAACUACAAGGUCAUUCUUCCCUUUCUUCUCUGGCUGCUUCUUGACUUUGACACCUGUUAGUAAUGAACAAAGUGCCUCUUGCCCAGGACAUGCAGCUCUAAAAGGGGCAUGAGGGUUUAAAUCCUCCCUAGGCUGAAGUUCCAGCAGCAAUACUGUUCCCCUCAUCCUAAAGAAGGACCCUUCCCGAAUGGACAGUAAGAGGAUGGGGCCAUUUCUCACAACUGCACCAGCUGGGGCACCCAAGGACAGAGCAGGAGGGAUGUCAGACACAUUAAGUAUUUUCCACUGAUCUGUGAAAAAUACAAAUGUUGACCUCAGACAGCUUUUUGCUAACUGUGGGCUGCUUUGAUCCUAUGCAAAGAACCUUAAAUCUAUGGACUGUAUGAGUACUGCUGGUGCCCUUUUCUUUCAAAAAAUAAAUAAUAAUAAUUAAAAAAGGUAGCUUUGGAUUCUGCUUCAAGUUCCAAGUUUAAGUACACUAACUCUUAACUAAACUUAAACGCAGUCUGUUCCUCUGCUCCUUAGGAGUCAUGGAUAUUUCUCCUUGGGAUUCAACCAGUACUGAUUUGUUCACAGAAGCUGGAGUUGAGUCUAGACAUCUUUUGCAACUUCAUAUUUUCAUAGCCUUCAGAUAAAGCAAGAUACAAAGCAGCCUGUCAAAAGCACUUCUAAAGUUCUAAUGUCUAGCAUAAUAUUUUGUCUGUAAUGCUGGGAGUUAUUUUGACACUAAUGUAGCCAUUGUUUUUGUGAAAAUGAAAGAAUGGGGACUAAAUUCUUAAUAUACUGGUCCCAUCUGCAUAUCUGACCCUGUAUCUUUCUUACACCACAACUUUACAUGGCUUUGAAGACAAGCAUUUCCCUACCCCAUAAAACAAACAAAAAACCAACAAACACCACCAAACAAGAAACAAAAAUCACCCCCAAAAAACACUUAAACAAACGUUUCCAUGUUCAAACUUCUGUAUGUGUCUUUUUCUCAGUACAGGGAAAAGACCAAUCAAUUCUCUCAUCAGUGUUUUCUGUUACUGUUUAAUAUGUAAUAACACACACAUAGUUUGCAAUGCAAGAAAAAACUAAUAAACACUUGAAAACCAUGUUUUCUAUAAUCAAAAAUAAUAGAUAAUUAUUUUUAUGAUCUUGGGUUUAGAACUGUUUUUAGAUGCUGUUGUUCAGUCAGAUACCGCAGAUCAGUAACACUCAUCUUCUCCCUUGGAAGUCAUGAAGGCCACCCCUGCUUUCUCCCUGUUAAAGCUAGAACAGAGAAUGUGUGAGAUUUUAUGGACUUCUUAUGAAAUUUGAAAAGUGUAGUUAAGACCAUUAGCACAAGAAUGUCAGAUACUGGUUGUGCAUAUUGACUUAUGUUUAUUUUUAAUGUUACUGGCUCUGACUUGACUAAGCUAUGUCUACCUAUUUCAAGGCUAAAUGUGGACUUUCACGUCUAAUUUUCAUGAACACCUCAAAGAUGAAUUCUUCUAACAUUUAGUGGCACUUCGUGAAUACAAGGCAAACAAUAUAAUCAAUGUUGUGGUGCAUGACAUUUGUGUGAAAUUCAAAGAAUAACACGCUGGUUAUUCCAGUCUCACCUCCACCCCUGGGAGGCUGACAGAGAAAAUACUUCUGGAAAACAUUUCCAAACAUUAAGGACAAGAAUGUGAUUUGAAGGAGUCAGCAUGGAUUUACAAAGAGGAAAACAUGCCUGCCCAAACUGACAGCCUCCUGUGAUGAUAUGACUGGCCUGAUGGACAACAGGAGAGCAGCAGAUAUUGUUGAUCUUGAUUUUAGCAAGGCUAUCAACGCUGUCUCCCACAACACUCUCACUGAUUAAGUACAAGCUAGAUAAAUGGACAGUGAAACUGAAAACCAGCUGAACUUCCAGGCUCAAAGGGUUGUGAUCAGUGCCAGAAAGUCCACCUGGAGACCCACUGAAGUCCUGUUGGAAGCCUGUUCCAAGUGAUGUAUGCUAAGGGUUCAUACUGGGCUCAAUACUCUUUAACAUCUUGAUUAAUUAUCUGAACAAUAGGAUAAAGUACUCUCUUGGCAAGUUUGCAAAACAUGCAAGCUCAAGAGGAGUGGCUGAUAUGCCAGAGGAUCACAUGGCCAUUUAGAGGGACCUCCACAAGGUGAAGAAACAGGUUGACAGGAACCUCAUGAAGUUCAACAAAAGCAAAUGCAAAGCCCUGAACCUGGAGAGGAAUAACCCCAUGCAUCAGUACAGGUUUGUGGGUCAGCUGGCUGGAAAGCAGUUGCAGAAAGUCUCUAGGAGGUUGUGGUGGACACCAAGUUGACUAGAGUGAGCGAUAUGUCUCAGCAGCAACAAAGACCAACAGCCUCCUGUGUGGCAUUAACAGGAGUGCCUGUCACCAACAGGUCAAGGAAUGUGUUUAUUCCCCUCUAUUUAGCACUAGUGACACCACACCUGAAGUGCUGUGUCCACCCCAGGCUCCCCAGUACAAGAAAGAAAUGGACAUGUUGGAGCAAGUCCAGCAAAUUAAAUAAGAGAUUGGAGCAUUUGUCAUAUGAGGAGAGGCUGAGAGAGCUGAGAUUGUUUACCUCAUAGAAGAGAUGGCUUUUUCUUACUGUCAUCUCUGAGUAGUUGGGGGAAGUGCACGAAGCCCUACUUUCUACAAGUCUCAUCAAGCAAAUGCCAUGCAAAUGACGUAUUGUUCCUGUUGCAAUUUAAAUCAACAGAGCCAUACCUUCUUUCCUGGUGAUUAGAUCUGUCAUCUAAGUCUAGCCUAAGUCUAUUACAUCAGCAGCUUUGGAAUGGUGAAAUAUCUGCAUGGAUGUUUAGACGUCACUCCAGCUGCUGCUUUUUUAGUGAGCACUUCUUUGCCUCCUGUGGUCAAUAAGGCUUUUAUAAGACAGAAGUAAAAUGGGCAAUCAAAGGCUAGGUGAGGGAAUCCAAACCAGAACUGUGAGAACUCCUGCCUACUGCUACUUGUUCAUCAUCCCAAGAGAGACAAAGAGCUUGAUCAUGAAAGAGGAUCCAACUCUUUUUUUUUAAUUAAUAUGAAAGUAAUAGGCAGUCAUUAUAUACAUCUCUUGAGCCUAGGGUCUUGGGUAUCUGCAGUUUCACUUUACAGCUCUUGGUCUUUCUGACUGGUAGUUUAGAUUUCAGACCCUUGGUUUCCAUUUCUUCCAAAAUGUUCAUGAAAACUUGUCCACUGAAGACAGAGUGAAGAUUUUCACUGUAAAGGGCAGGGGUGGGAAGUAAACCAACCAAAAAAGUGGAUAACUAUAUUUGACCAGAACUCAGCUGUUUCUGAAAGGCUACAGAGGACUCUGCAGAUACGUGCGUAACACUGUAGACACUCAAGCGUGGUGCAAAAGUAAUUUGUUGUAAUAUGUUGAGGGAAUGAGGAUGACAGGGCCAAAAUCCUAGUGGAAAGUUUGUGGUAGUCCGUAGAAUAGAGGUGCUGGUGGCAUUCCUGGUAAAGAGUGUCACAUGUGCUUUAAGUUCCUUGACUUUUGGUCAGAAACUGGGAUCUAGAAUCUGAGGGGCAGUGCCACUGAGGAGACAGAAAUGCUGCCAUGGCUGGUGGGAAGAGGCUGUUGCAGGUCGAGCUCUGCUGUAUGUUGUACCUCACCACCUCUACUACAUUUUACUUCCCUUGCUUACCUGUAUUUCAUAUACCUGCAGAUGAGUUCUGAAAGGAUGUCUGAUACUGUGUUGGUGUACUUUCUGCUCAUUCUACUUACAUUUCCUACUCCAGGACUAUAAGCUCCUGUUUUGAAAAAAAAAAAAAAUCCUCCUUUGCUGCCAAACCCUCUUCCAAGAAUCCUUGCUACUGGUGCUUGUUUGCCAGUCUUUCAGCUGUGUGUGCUUGUGUCUUUGGGCAGCUUGUUUCAUUCAGAUGUGCUGGCACCUCUAAGCCAAGAAAAUGGAACUGGCUGUUGUUUCCUCCUCAGCUAGGUUGGGAAUUUGGCAAAAGGAAUGGCUGGCAGCUCUGUGCUUCUCCACUGACAUUAUGACCAAGAGCUGGCAGCCUGCCCAGGAAGAAAAAGAAUAAAAGGGAAAAUAUUCCUACUGCCUGCUGCCAUCAGAGGAGAUGGAUGAGGAAGAACUGAAGUGGAGUGUCUGUAAAACAGACUUGCUAAUCUGGGAACCCAAGUGUUUGGGUUCUGCUAUUUUUUUUGAAGAUCCCUGUUAUCCAAAACUCCUCCUCUGGGAAAGUCAACUCCCAGAGAUCUUCUCCUUCAGUACAACUUUUCCCUUUGUCCUUCAUUUCCUCCUAGUCCUGAGAAGAGGCAAAUUACCCUCAUAUGAAGAAGAAUCCCAGAAUAAUCUCUAGGGCAUGUGAAGUGUGUGACUGGGGCAGGAUCUAGUCCAUCUGUUGACACAGGUUCCUUCAAACAACCUUCCCCUAAAUGUCUAGAUUUCACUAUUCUGGCAAAGUUAUGCUACUGUGCUAUCAGCCACACUGCUCUGCCUUCCGCCCUCACCCCUACAAUGAUAGCUCCUUGCACAUGUGCUUUUUUCCCAUAAUCAAAGAAAAUUUGGAGUUUUCAGUAGAUUCAGAUGCGAUCAAACUCAGUGAAGAGACAGGGAAUCUCACUCUACUAUUACUCUAACAAUAUCUGCUGUGAAUCUGGCUUGAGGCUGGAUUUCGGAAGGUUCAAGUCUCCAUCAACUUCUCCUUACACUCUCAAGCUUUUCUGGGUAUGCAACAAUUUGAUGGAUGGAGGUGCCAUAUUAUUGUAACAAAUUAAAAAAUCAUCUUGUAGCCAGAGGGAUGAUGAAAAAAACGCAAGUGGAUAAUAACUGCAACCUGUUGUCUGUAUGCAGUAUUGAGAGAAGAGAGAUGUACGAUUCUUUGCCCAUACAGCUUAUAAAUUUUAUGCAAAGUAGUCACAGAACAGACAAACAGAGGGAGAGAGAUAAUUCAAGGUGUAGGGAACAGAGAUCUGCAGUUUCCAGUCCCAGCUGAAUUCAGUGAAUGCAAACCAAAAUCUUGCUUGCCCCUUUUUUUUUUUUUUUAAAUAUGUCCUUAGAGAUUUUACAUUUCCAAGCACCAUGUGGCCGACUUCACAGUGCCUCCUACAUUUUUAUGCACACUCUUAUACACCCCUUAGCUACUCCAUGGCCUCAUCCUGAGGUCUCUACAGAAAGUGACAUAUCCACGUUUGAACCAUUUCAAAAUCAGAAGGAAAGUGGAUUCAGGCCUCAGAAGUUGUUGAAAGGUUUCCUGCAGAUUGAAACAACAGAGAGCCUUGUAUAAAGGACACCUCUAUUUUACAUCCAAGGAAUGUUGCUUAAUAGGUAUUAACUGGAAGAAAUAUAUUGUAAGGUAAAGCUUUUGACAGCCUACCAAUUUUCUGAACACCCAGAGAGCAUUUAAUUUUUGUCUGAUCAGAAGCACCUAAUGUGACUGCACAUGUUACAAUGGAAACUUCAAGACAAAGCUUUGGUAUCGGUGCUACCUGUACGUAUCCUAUAGCAUCCAGUAUGGUGUUUGCCACUCUUCUAGUUUCUUGCUGCUCAUCCCUGAACAUAAGAGCUCGUCCACUUUUUUCUAAUUUACCUUUCCUUUCAAUCUGGAAUGCUCCUACAGAACUCUGCACUGAAAAGGCUGGAGUGCAGCUGGACAUGAAUUUUUUUUCUCUUACCGGAAGCACACUGAAGACAUCUAUUGGGCAAAACAUCACUCUUUUCUACCCAGACAGGCUUGGAUAUUACCCUUACAAAAAUGAAGUCACAGGAGAGGCAUUCAACGGAGGACUCCCCCAACUCUCGCUGCUGGAGAAUCAUUUAAAAAAAGCCAAAGAGGACAUCCAAUUCUAUAUUCCUUCAGAUGAACAGUUUGGAUUGGCUGUCAUUGACUGGGAAAACUGGAGGCCUGUGUGGAUAAGGAACUGGGGAUCAAAAGACAUUUAUAGACAGGAAUCCAUUGAACUGGUUCAGCAAAGAGACCUCAGUCUAUCAGAAGCUGAAGCCAGGGCUAUAGCUAAAACGGAAUUUGAAGCUGCAGCAAAAUCAAUAAUGUUGGAAUCUUUAAAACUGGGCAUAGAAAUGAGGCCAAAUCGUCUGUGGGGAUAUUACCUUUAUCCAGAUUGUUAUAAUUAUGAUUACAACCAAAACCCACAUAAUUAUACAGGAACCUGUUUAGAUAUUGAAAUAGAAAGAAAUAAUGAGCUUAAAUGGUUGUGGGAGGAAAGCACAGCACUUUAUCCAUCUGUCUAUCUAGAGACAGCAUUAAGAUCUUCCAGAAAUGCCCAACUCUUUGUUCGCAACAGAGUUCAAGAAGCCAUGAGAAUUUCGUAUGUCUCUAAUUCUACUCAUCCCCUUCCAGUUAUUGUAUAUACACGUCCAGUAUUCACAGAUGUCUAUGAGGAAUAUCUCUCCCAGGAUGACCUAGUAAACACCAUUGGAGAAUCUGCUGCACUGGGCGCUUCUGGAAUUGUGAUAUGGGGUGAUAUGAAUUUAACACAAAAUAAGAACACCUGUAGAACUCUGGACAACUACCUUAGGAGGACUUUGACCCCGUACCUCAUCAAUGUCACCAUGGCAGCCAGAAUCUGUAGCCAAGUGUUAUGCCAAGACUCUGGCGCUUGCGCACGGAAAAAAUGGAAUUCCAGUGACUAUCUUCACUUGAACCCUGAGAAUAUUGUCAUCCAAAUGACAAAGGAUGGAAAAUACACUCUACAAGGGCAACCAACAUUUCAGGAUCUGCAAACAUUCAUAGAAAAAUUUGAUUGCCACUGUUAUGCAGGGCACAGUUGUGAACCUAGAGCUGAUAUAAAUGACAUCCACUAUCUCCAUGUUUGCAUUUCAGAAGAUAUUUGCAUUCAGAUAUCUUCAAAUUCAGUUUCUAAUAUAGAAGCCUCUGAAGAAAAGAUCCCGUCUAAUGGAACUAUAUUUUCAUUUACCUCUCCAAGUAAGGUGACAUUAUCUACACAUCCUGAAAUAGAAGAUUUCCAAUAUACCUUUGGAAAUAAUAUACUCAAUAAAACAGCUGCAAGAAAUAAGAGUGUUGCAGCUGCCACUAGAUCUGAUUUAGGAGCAAAUGAUACUCGUACUUUCAGCAGUUCUCCAUCCUAUAACAUAAGGACGUUUAAUCUGUUUUGUUUAAUUCUAAUUUUGAGAAAUUUAACAUAAAUGACCCAUGAAAGUGAGAAUAUUCUCUUCCCUCUGCUUUAAUUUCUAAAGGUUUUAUCUACAAAAUAACCAUUCCUGAAAGGCAUAUGGUAUUAUCUGUAUCAGGUAGCUUUUUCUAUACCAUAGGUCACACUUCAGCUUGAAUAUAUUUCUUCAGUUUAGUUCUAUGAACUACUAUUUGUUGGAAAGAUAUACUGGUCUGUAUAUACUGAUUAUACCAUAUGAAAGGAUAAUCCAGAAUAAGGGACAUUUUUUUAUAGUUUACAUUUUUAACAUUUAUAUUUGAAAAAAAUAUAUUUCUUGAAAAUACUGUUUUGUAUAUGCUAAGCUAAGCUAGUUAAAUACAUCUCAACCUGGAUUUCAUUGAGUCUCAGCAGUCAACAGGUUUGAUGCUCUAUGCAGGAAUUAAUUCAAUUCCAUAUGAUAAUUAGCUCUUAAAAAUAUUUGUUUUAGCUUUAGAUCUGUGGGACUUUGCAGCAUAAAAUGUAGCUGAUUAAUGUAACGUUUCUCCACUUUUCACAGUAUCUACAGAGACACUGUGAUUUUUCUUUUAGUUAAAUAUGUUCAUAACUCUCCAAAAGGUUCUAACUUUAAUGUUGACUUCAAAUAUUACAGCUUGAUUAUUUAAAAUUUGAGCUGUAGUGGUUUAUCCUUCUUUUCCAAAGCCCUCCCGCUUAUGUCAGAUGUCCCCCCCUUGGCCUUCAGUUUUUUGUCUGGCCAAUACUCGCAAUUCCUCUGACCUCCCGCUGCACUCCCGGCCAGCACUGCUCACCACUCCUAGUUUCUCCAGCCAGCCAGCCCUAGCAACUGGCUAGGACUGUCCGUGCCAUUUGGACCAAAACCUGUGAGUGUGAGACCUUCUCUAUGCCUGAGUGUUUGGCGGAAACCAGUUUGUUCCUUAGGAAGACUCGGCAGUGAAGGCUGCAAGAUGCAGUGAUGCUGGGAACCCAGGGCUCCCUUUCUUCCCAUCCAAUCUCAGGACCGCCUUUUUGAUCCAGUCUGCUGAUAGAACCAGGACUAUUUGCUUAAUAUUAUUUCAUUGCCAAAAGCAACGUAAAAGUAGCAGAGAUACCUCAGAAGAAAACCAAUCCUAGAUUCACAUCAAGAGUCCCGUUAUGAUUUAUGUAUAGUCAGUUUAAUCAUUUAGAAGAGACUAAUUGUAGUUCCUUUGAUAAAAUAUCCUUUCCAGAUUAUUAUGUCAGAUGUUUAAUAGAUGGCUGGACUUCUGAUGGGUGAAGAGUGGCUGCUGGCAUGGAUAGAUUAAAAAAGUUUCCCUAGAGCUAGGCAUGAUCUGCAUAAAUAAAUCACUACCUUCUACAGAUACAACCUGCCUCAAUAAUGAAAAUACCUGGCAUUUCAAUAUAGUAGCCCUUAUUUAUGAAAACUUAAUACUUUAAUUUAGCAGAAAACAUGUAUUAUAUCCAUUGCCUUUGAAUUUAUAGUCAUAACAGAUGUGCGCAAAAAUAGCUAAAGGCUUUAGAUUCAACAAGGAGAAAUAAUGUUUUAUGGAUUUUAGAUAACAAGUUAUCAAGAGGAAGUGACAAUUUUCUCAUCGCAGAUAUGGUGUUGAGUCCACAAGUCAAAGCUAUUUCUGCCACCAGUGUUCCAAGUAGAAUGAUGAAUAAGAAGUAUAUGUGUAGCAGACUGUCUAGCACAAAAGAAGCCAGCUGUUUUGAUCAUCUCUUUAAAAAUGUUGUUUCUUCACUGCAGCUUUGAUUUUAGUUAUUUGAUCUUGGGUAAACAAAAGUCAUGAUUAUGUCUUCUAUAUAAUACCUGUACCUGAGGUACCUCCCUUUCCUACUGGAUUUGUGAUAACUAUCAGAGCAUUUCUAAAAACUGGAAAUGUCACUGCUAAUGCCUUAGAGUAUUUUGUAUAACUCAUAUGGAGUUUUAUUUUUUCAGCAGAAUGCUUUAACACGGUUAAAAUUUUAUGUUGGCACACAUCAUUUGAGUUCAAAACACUGCAUUGCUUUGUUAAAUCACAAAUUGGGAAAGUUUCCUGAGGUUAGGCUUGUUUGUAUCUAGUGCUCUGAAAGACACUGGAUCUGUAGCACUUUGUGAUAAGGGAGCUUGCAGCUUCACAAAAUCUGCAAGUCUUGCCAUAAAUAGUUUUGACUAUCAGCCAAGCAAUAGCAUGCAGAGCAUUUGGGAUGAGGAAAGUGUGAAAUCACCAGAAAAAGAGGAACGAGAAGUUAAAAUCACAGAAGAGUUGAGACAGAGCACCCAGGACCUCCCAGUGGAUGCAGAGGAAGUGAACUGGUAGGUGAAGAGUGAAGCAGUGGGGAAUGUGGACAGACCAGUCCCUUCCCACUCAACAAUUUUUAUCUACCUGCGAUUUAAUACAAACAACCUUUCCCCGAGGCCCAUUGUAAAGAUAAAGUAAUACAAUAACUGACAGGGUAGAUUAGACCUAUCCAUCUGAUCCCAUCUCUUUUUUGUUGAGAGCCAUCAGGACCAGAGAAGUACAAGUAAGGUGAGAGGAAAGCAGAAUAUUGCAAUGAGCUGUCCACAGAAACAUGUCUUCCUAAGUGCCAUCCAUAAAUAUGUCCUGUGCUCAGAUGCAUGGUGCUUUACCAACCACAUUUCUACUGUUCAUUUGGGAUAUUUAUGUUACCUAUAUGUAUCUGCAAUUCAUGCUUUAAGUCCUACAGACUUGUCCUAGUGAGAUUCAGGCUACCUUCUGUGUAAAAUUACAGUAUUUUCCAAAUAUAUUAUUUUGCUCUGUAUUAUAUUUAUCUUGCCUAUAUUCUACGCUAAAAAGUCACCAUGGAGUCAGCGAGUCUCCAUGGAGUGAGGAAGGAGAGAAAAAAAGGAAAAGGGGUGUAAUGCCUUCCAUUGCUGUGAUUGUUUUAUGUUCAAAGCCAAACUUUUAUUCUCCCAAAGCAUGCCCCCCCAUUCACCUUCCACUCACUGCAAUUCCUGGAAUCAUAAGUUGUCUCUGUAGCCUUAUAGUCUCAGUUUUUUAUGUUCUUGUAUUUUUCUAAAGAUUAAAUACUAGUGGAACAUUCA